AUGUCUCUCAACAAUCUUGCCAUCAGCCUUCGAGCCAGAUUCAGGCAGCGGGGUGUCCUGUCUGACCUUGAUGAGGCCAUUGAGCUCCAUCGAGCCGCACUGCUCCUCUGUCCCCCCAGUCAUUCUGAUCGAUCCGCAUCUCUCAACAAUCUUGCCAACAGCCUUCAAGACAGAUUUGAGCAGCGGGGUGUCUUCCUUCAAGACAGAUUCGAGCAGCGGGGUGUCCUGUCUGACCUUGAAGAAGCUUUCAGGCUGUAUUUACAACUUUCCUGCCAAUCACAUGCCACAGCCUCUCGUGGGGAUCUUGGCGCUGCCAAGUCAUGGGUAGCCUCAGCAGAGAAGCUGAAGCAUGGCUCUACAUUGGUUGCCUAUCAGACCGCAUUGAACUUUCUGGAUCAGCAUGUUGCUCUUUUGUCUUCUUCUCCACAUCAUUUCGAUGUUGUCAGGGAGGCCACUUCUUCCCUUGCCACUGAUGCUUUCUCGUGUGGUGUCCGUUAUGGUGCCUUGACGACUGCUGUACAACUAGUGGAGCAGGGCCGUGCAGUAUUCUGGACUCAGUUGGUGCGCUUCCGCACGCCACUCGAUGAACUUUCCCUUUCAGGUGACACCGGCACAGCCUUGGCGGAAGAGUUCAAGCGACUUAGCUCUCAGCUUCGUAAUGCAUUCGAUCAGUCUACUGAAGACCAGUCCCAACCAAUUGGGCAACUGACCAAGCAAUGGGAUGAUGUCAUAUCACGCAUCCGUGCACUCCCUAACUUUUCUUGGUUUCUCCUGCCUCCGCUGUUUUCUGACAUCCAGAAGGCAGCUGAAGAUGGUUCAGUCAUCAUUGUCAACGCUAGUCGGUACAGCUGUGAUGCCUUGAUUAUUUUGUGUGCCCAAGAUCCUGUCCAUGUUCCACUCAAUAUUGCAUGGACCGAAUUAUCCAAAUUGUCCUCCGACAUUCUCCACAAGCUUUGGGAUGUCAUUGUCAACCCCGUUGUUCAAGCUCUCAGGGAGUCAGCAGUUCCCCGUGGCUCGCGCAUCUGGUGGUGUCCCACCGCCAAGUUCAUGCCGCUUCCUUUACAUGCAGCAGGACCCUACAAGAAGAAGAAACACAAUUUAUCUCACGUUUACAUAUCUUCUUACACUCCGACUUUGACGACUCUCAUUCGUGCGAGACGGCAGGUUUCUCAAGCUGCAUCCCUGCAACAAUUUGUUGCCAUUGGUCAAGCACACCCGGACAGAGGGAAAGAACUCCGCUGUGUCGCUUCCGAGCUGGCCGUCAUUGCUCAGCAUGUUGCACCUGUUGCGCCCUUCACAUCACUUGCAGACAGCAAUGCAACAGUGGAGGGAGCAUUGGAUGCAUUGAGCCGGAAUCAAUGGCUUCACCUUGCCUGCCAUGGAAUGCUGAAUCAGCAACAAACAUUUGAGUCUUCCUUUGCGAUGCGCGAUGGGCUUUUAACGAUCAAGGACAUCGUCCGGUCUGACUGGCAGAAUCUGCAGUUCGCGUUCUUAUCAGCCUGCCACACUACCGUGGGCGAUAAGAAGAGUCCGGACGAGUCGAUCCAUCUCGCUGCGGCUAUGCAAUUCUCUGGAUUUCACAGUGUGAUUGGUUCAAUGUGGUCUGUUGACAACGAGGUUGCACGGCAGAUGGCGUCUGCUUUUUACCUUCACCUGAUUGAUGGUUCAGGGAGAUUGGACUGUACAUGGGCUGCGGUAGCGUUGCAUAAGGCUGUGAAGACAUUGCGGUGCAACAAGAUUCCACCAGAACAGCAGAUCGUGUUUUUUCAUAUAGGUGUCUAG